AUGCCCCAAUUGGAUGAGAGGGAGUUGCGUGCACUUUACAUGGGCGCGGAUCGUGUGACUUGCGUUGAUGUUUCAUCGAAGUGCUUGCUCUGGUGUGUCGAGGGCGGUAGAGCGGCAACGCUGCACAUGUGGGAGUCGCGCGAGGAGCAACCGUCCACGGUGCCGCUGGUAGAGCUGGGCUUCGUUCCGACUCUCAUCUCUGCCAUGGAAGAGAAAGUCGUCGUUGUGGGCGACAGAGUUGUGGCACUGUUCACGGUGGAAUGGCCGUCUUUCUCCGCCAUGGACUUGCUCCCUGUUGAUGAAGAAGACGAGAAGGAAGGAGGAAAUCCAACGGUUAGAGAAGUGUUCACAUGUAGUGAGAUCCCUGCUGGUGUGACGCACGUCUCGUGGGCCACGGAUGGGACUGCAGCCGCGCUUUCAGCAGCGCAGCAACUUGUGUUGAUGGAUUGCCGCGUCGGCUACAACGACGCAAGUCACAACGGCCAUGAAUUUAGCCCCUGCUUAAUGGUAGAUUGCAGUAGCUGGUACGGUGACCCUGGCGCUGCCUUUACUGCAUUCACUGCAAGUCGCCUCUUUCUCUUGUCCACUCGGAAUCAUCUAGUGAUGACCCGCUUCAGUGAUAAUAACGACUGUGGUGGCCAAGACGUCUGCUACUACCUUGAGCCACGACUUGAGAGGGAUGGUCACGUUAUUGCGCGGGCCCACCAGGUCACAUGCUUUGCGGUUGGCGGCAGUGAGGAAGGAUACCUCGUCGCCGGGCUCUCUGACGGAACGGUGAAGCUGCUGCGGCAGGAUUCAAUGGAGGUCUUCUUCACCCUUGACGUGGCGAAACAGUUGUACCGCCUGACAGGCAGGCCACCGCCGCCGGACACGGGGGAUGAUGGUGUAGAGGUGUUGAGCAUAUCGGUUGGCCGUCGAUGCAUGCUGGUGGUGCGACCGGAUGCAGCCAUAUGCUACGAUAAGAAGUCGAUGGAGUUAAUCGAGGAAAAGACAAUGUUUCUUUUCGGCAGGGCGACGAUGUCGUCAAGGUGCGCAGGGGACGGGUCAUGGUGCGCCUGGUCGCCACAAACUCAAGAACUUCUGUAUUAUGCAGCUCCAGUACAGAUGUUUCUUGCGGCAGACAACAACGCUGAUAUCGUGCAUGCCCAAGUCCCACUACCUUCGAAACUGCUUGAACCACUUAGUUUACCGUAUCAAAAAGAGGCACUCUCUGCAUGCAGUGGAAAGGGGGCUGACAAAAAGAAGCCUAAAAAUAAGUUUCUGACCGAGAAGCCUGUAACGCACGGUCAUGUUAUUAAAAGCAGUGGAUAUGCAACUGCCGUACCCUGGAGCGUCCAGCAGCAGCGUGCCAAGCAGGCGCGAGAACGGGUUCAAAAGGGAGUUCAACCUUCUCGCUCAGUUGCCUCUGAUUUAAGAUAUAGGCCCUUACCGUUAUUUGGGCGUCCGUUUGAGCCCAUGACAAAGGCAAAUAAGAUUCUCUCGUCUUCACCUAUUCAUCGAGCCAUGGUUACAGACGCCGUGUUCGCUGCGGCUGGGUCUGCACUCUUGACGGCCUCUGCUGACACCACCGCGAACUGGUUGAAGUACCCUGUUGCAAGAAACGGAGGGGAGGGGACAUUGAUGGAAGUACACACCAGCCCCGCGAAUGCCAUUGAUGUUAGUCUCUCCCUCAAUGCACCUUUUGUGGCAACUGGAGCUGCCGACGGCGUAGUGGCGAUGUGGCAACCCACAAAACGAGAAGCGCCGUACAUUGUGCAAAAAGUCGCCAAGGAGGUAAGAGCGGUAAAAUUUUUCUACACGGACAAAUUUCUUUGUUACGCUGCUGGAAACACGGUAUCCUUCUGUCGUUAUGCGCUGGAUGACGGAGGUGGUGAACUGCAUCGCAAUCGCAAUGAAUCCACGUUGGAGACUGUGCUGGAGUUUGCCGCUAAUUCAGCCCAGUCUGUGGUCGCCGUGGAUGCCAUAAACUACUUCACGUCCAACGUUAUGGUUUGGGCAGGAUCGAACAAGUCGGUUGGCGUCUACGACGUUUCUGUCGGGCAGAGCAUUCAGGUCGUGGAAGAGGCCCACUUACGCCCUAUCCACCAUGUUGCAAUGCUAACAUCCAGCCGAUAUGCCGCACCCAGUACGAAUCUUUUACACACCUACCUAACGGCGGGUUUGGACUCCACGGUACGACUUUGGGACCUUCGCCAGCGGCGAUCCGUGCGACAGUUGGCGCUUCACCGAAACACCGCAGCUCCGGUGGGUGCGGCAUUGUCUCCCAAUGGAGCCGCGGUGGCGGUUGGUAGCGAAACCCGAGACGUAGUCAUCUACGACGUGGGCUCAGGCGCAGUUGUAAACACAAUAAAUGUGGGUGACACACCCACUGCCCUCAGUUGGCAUCCGCUAGAAAGCGUUCUCGCCGUGGGCACAGCCACAGGCGCCAUUAAACUGAUGGGGCAACGUUGA